CGGCGGGGCCCACGGGGACCGGGGCUGCGCGCGGGGGCCAGGAGCCGGGCGACGAUGUGACCCCGCCGGGGACCCGCGGGCUGCGAGUGGGCCCCGAGUUCCACCAGGUGAGAAGAGUGAUGACCAUCCUUUUCCUUACUAUGGUUAUUUCAUACUUCGGUUGCAUGAAGGCUGCCCCCAUGAAAGAAGCGAGCGUCCGAGGACAAGGCAGCUUGGCCUACCCAGGUGUGCGGACCCAUGGGACUCUGGAGAGCGUGAGUGGGCCCAAGGCGGGUUCCAGAGGCCUGACGUCGUUGGCCGACACUUUUGAACACGUGAUAGAAGAGCUGUUGGACGAGGACCAGAAGGUUCGGCCCAAUGAAGAGAACAAUAAGGACGCGGACUUGUAUACCUCCCGGGUGAUGCUCAGCAGUCAAGUGCCUUUGGAGCCUCCUCUUCUCUUUCUGCUUGAGGAAUACAAAAAUUACCUGGAUGCUGCAAACAUGUCCAUGAGGGUCCGGCGCCACUCCGACCCCGCCCGCCGCGGGGAGCUGAGCGUGUGCGACAGCAUUAGCGAGUGGGUGACGGCGGCAGACAAAAAGACUGCAGUGGACAUGUCGGGCGGGACGGUCACCGUCCUCGAAAAAGUCCCUGUGUCGAAAGGCCAACUGAAGCAGUACUUCUACGAGACCAAGUGCAAUCCCAUGGGUUACACGAAGGAGGGCUGCAGGGGCAUAGACAAAAGGCAUUGGAACUCCCAGUGCCGAACUACCCAGUCGUACGUGCGGGCCCUUACCAUGGAUAGCAAAAAGAGAAUUGGCUGGCGGUUCAUAAGGAUAGACACUUCCUGUGUGUGUACACUGACCAUUAAGAGGGGAAGAUAGUGGCUUUAUGUUGUAUAGAUUAUAUUGAGACAAAAAUUAUCUAUUUGUAUAUAUACAUAACAGGGUAAAUUAUUCAGUUAAGAAAAAUAAUUUUAUGAACUGCAUGUAUAAAUGAAGUUUAUACAGUACAGUGGUUCUACAAUCUAUUUAUUGGACAUAUCCAUGACCAGAAGGGAAACAGUCAUUUUGCGCACAACUUUAAAAAGUCUGCAUUACAUUCCUCGAUAAUGUUGUGGUUUGUUGCCGUUGCCAAGAAUUGAAAACGUAAAAAGUCUAAAAAAAAAAAAUGAUAAUAAUAAUAAUAAUGAUAAUAAUAAAUUGCAUGCUGCUUUAAUUGUGAAUCGAUAAUAAACUGUCCUCUUUCAGAAAACAGACAAAAAAAAAAAACGACAAAAAUUUGAACCAAAACAUUCCGUUUACAUUUUAGACAGUAAGUAUCUUCGUUCUUGUUAGUACUAUUCUCUGUUUUACUGCUUUUAACUUCUGAUAGCGUUGGAAUUAAAACAAUGUCAAGGUGCUGUUGUCAUCGCUUUACUGGCUUAGGGAAUGGGGGAUGGGGGGUAUAUUUUUCGUUUGUUUUGUGUUUUUUUUUGUUUGUUUUGUUGUUUUGUUUUGUUUUUGUUUUUUUUUUUUUUUAGUUCCCAUAGGGGGUAGGGAUGGGGAAAGAAUUCCUUCAAUAUAUAUAUUCUGGUUGAUAAAAGAUUUAUUUGUAUAUUGUAAAGAUGUUUGCAGUAUCAGUCAGAUGACUGGAAAAUGAAUAAAAAAUUAAGGCAACCGAACAAAGUUCCCAGCCCACUUCCCAUGAUGCACCUCCUAGGCUCCCCUGUGCCCUCCCACGUGGUCAGGGGAGGCUGCUUUAGUUGGAAAGACCUACAUUUUCUUAGAGCACAUUCUUUCCCUCCCGCCCCCUCUGGUCCCCUCUUUGUUUCCUUUUCUCUUAAAGGAAGAAAAAUCAGUUGCGCGCCCUGAAAUAAUUUACCACUGCUGUGAACAAGUGAGCAAAUUUUGUCA